UGUGGUGUGAUUCCUCUUGAAACCACCACCACACCACAAGCCUCGGUCGUUGAGCGAGAGAGAGAGAUGGCGUGCUGUGUGAACUAUAUCUCUCCGCCACGUGCCUCUCUAUCUCCACCACCUUCACGCUCCUCCUUCUCUUUCCCCGGCGAUGCCGUGCACUCUCUCCUCCGUGAACCAGCCUUACUCCUCCGACGUCAUUCGAGAUCUCCGUCGAUCGUCGCUCCCAGAUUCCAGGUUGUGGCGGCCGAGAAAGCGGAGCCGCCUCUGAAGAUUAUGAUAUCAGGAGCUCCCGCUUCGGGUAAAGGCACACAGUGCGAGCUCAUCACUCAGAAAUAUGGUUUGGUGCAUAUCUCUGCUGGAGACCUGCUGAGAGCUGAGAUCGCUUCUGGUAGUGGAAAUGGAAAGCUGGCGAAAGAAUACAUGGAGAAAGGACAGCUGGUCCCUGAUGAAAUCGUUGUAAUGAUGGUCAAAGACCGUUUAUCACAAACUGAUUCACAGCAAAAUGGAUGGCUUUUAGAUGGUUAUCCGAGAAGCUCAUCGCAGGCAACAGCGCUUAAAGGGUUUGGAUUCCAGCCUGAUCUGUUCAUUGUCCUCGAAGUUCCUGAAGAUAUUUUAAUCGAAAGAGUUGUGGGGCGUAGAUUAGAUCCUAUCACGGGAAAGAUCUACCACUUGAAGUAUUCUCCUCCAGAGACUGAAGAGAUCGCUGCUAGACUCACCCAACGUUUUGAUGAUACCGAAGAGAAGGCAAAGCUGCGGCUGAAGACUCAUAACCAAAAUGUGAGCGAUGUGCUUUCCAUGUACGACGAUAUCACUAUUAAGAUAAAGGGAAACCGUUCAAAGGAGGAAGUGUUUGCUCAAAUUGAUACUGCUCUAUCCAAAAUGCUUCAACAGAGGAACAACACCUCUCCAAGUUCACUUUCAAGUUGAAUCAUUUUUUGGUACUGACCUGAGGAAGAAGUGUUUGACCAUUUCCGAAAUGCUUCAACAGAGGGAACACUGCUCCAACUUCACUUUCAAGUUGAAUCAUUCUUGUCACGGACCUAACCAGCGGUAAAUAUCCCCUUUCUGGCAUUUAUCAAAUUCUAUUGAUACCGCUUGUAUCUCACAAUAAGGAUCUAUUUGUUUCCAGUAAGAUUGAUGUGCGUCUCUGUGACCUUUAUGCUCUUGUAGAUUUACUGAAAAAUUAACUCAUUGUAUUUCUCUUGUUGCAAUCAUUGUCAUUCUUUUUUUUUUU